GAGCAGGAGUCGGUGCCCAGCAACGACAACUUCUUCUCUGUAGUCGGUGCAGUCGGUGUAGUAGAGGGCGUACCGAAACAGAGGUGGGACCAUGCCGAGAGUUGGUGUUGACGACGAUGUGGUCGCGGCCGCCCGCCGCAUGGAGGCGGAGGACGCCCGCGAGGAGGCUCAGGGCAACAAGUAUAAGGCCUCGGGCUUUGUCUUUGGCAACGUCGACAAACGCGGCCAUCUCGAGAAGGAGUUCUACGACACUGAUGUGCGGCGUGACCUUGACGAGAUGCCUGAUGACGUGGGCGACGCAGCGGUGGAGACCAAGGCCUCGCUCGGACUGAAGCCUGGACGCGGCGACGGCGCGGCCGGCGCGAGUUCGUCCAUGGCGUCGCGGGCGUCGCGGGCGCCGGCAGAGCUCUCGCUCUCAGCUAGGUCGGCUGCCGAGAGGGCACAGUACAAGGAGGCUGCCCUGGGGCUUGUCCAAGGCAAGGCAGUCGGCGACGAUUCAGACUCGGAUGACUUUGACGACGACGAUGAUGACGACGAUGACGACAAUCAGAGCAGCGCUCGCGCACAAGGUGGCGCUGACGAAGACGACGAAGAUUUCGAUGAUGAUGACGAAGACGACGACGAGUCGUCAACGUCAGAGGGCUCGCUCUCGCCAGGUGCGGCCCAGUCGCAGGCCCAGGCCAAAGCGCAGUCGCGGUCGGCAACGCUAAGCAAGAGUGAGCGGACACUGGAGCAGGUCCAAGCACUGUUCCCCAAGUUUGAGCCGAACCGGAUCCUCACCUUUACGGAGCUGUUUGCGGCACCCGAACCGCCGAUUCCGGAGCGGGAGCGCGGGCUGCAGUUCGGCUCGCAGGUCGGGUUCUCGCGGACGCUGCACCCCGAGGUUGCGCCCGACGAGACGGCGCUGUUUGCGCGGCACCAACCCGGAGUCGAGACCGGGCCCGAGAAGCGCCGGCCGGCGCGCAAGUACAACGUGGCGCCGGAAGCGCCGCGGAUCCCGUCGCCACCACCGCUGCCCGCGCCAGCAGAGAAGGCGUGGGCGGCGCCGCUCGCGGGCAGCAAUAUCCAGGCCCCUAGCCUUGCGGCGCCUGCCGCAGCCGACGCGCCGGGCAUCGAGCUCGCAGAGUGGGAGUCAGGCGUGCUGUACGACGACGAGGAUCUGGCGCGGACGUCGCCGAUUCUGGGUGCGUCUCGAGUCUCGGGCUACUCUCGGCGAGACAACCUGGCGUCGUACUACAAUCCCGAAGUGGAGCUCGGAAAUUGGGAUGCCGCAGUGGUGUACGAUGACGCGCCCAACGCCGAGCAGCUGGCGGCAACGUCGCUGGUGGUUGACAUUAACGACCCGUACAUGGUGCUUGGCGAGGCCGGAUCCGAGUCGUACUCCGAGUCGGACUCGGACGACGAAGCGGCAGCGGCAGAAGCGGCAGCGGCAGCGGCAGCAGCGGCAGCGGCGCAGGAAGAAGAGGAGGAAGACGAGGAAGAAGAAGAAGACGACGACGACGACGAAGUGGAAGAGGGCGCCGAGGGCGAUGCACCGCGCAAGCGGCGGCGCAAGCGGCGCGGUAAGGAGUUUGCGCCGCCGACGCAUCGGGUGACGCGGCGGCGGACCGUGACGGUGGCACAUCGCAGAGCCGGUGGGUCGGGCGCAUCUGACGCAGACGGGGUGGAAGCAAUGCGGGUGGUGACGAGGCCGCUUCGUGGCUUUAACCUCUCGUACGACCCGUACUACGCGACGGCGAUUCGGGCGGACGCGUCGAAGCGCAAGGCGACGCUGCGGACGGUGAUCAAGCACGCCAAGCCGGCGACAGAGCUCCACCCCGCGCUGUACCCAACGCAGCUGACGCCCGAGGGCAUGCGGCACUUCCACCGGCCGCGGCUGCUGUUCUUCAACCCGCGGCACCGCAACUUUACGCUCAACUUGCCCAAGACGCGCAACCGCGACGUGGACAUCGACGACGUGGACUACGAUCCGGCGGAGCCGUUUGCCACUCGGCGCGACCUCUCGCACACCAUCGACGAGGGCCACAUGAUUGCGCUCGAGCACGUGGACGAGAUGCCACUGCUGCUGACCGGGGUGGGGAUGGCGUCCGAGGUUGUGUCAUACUACCGCAAGCGGAGCAAGGACGACGUGCGGCCGGCCGAGGCGGUGACGGAGCUUGGAGUGCCGCUCUCACUCGACCCGCGCGAGCCACUGCCGAUCUACGGCGGAGCGCUCAAGCGCGGCGAGAGCAUGCUCUUGCUGUCGAACAACUUGUUCAAGGCGCCGAUUGCCAAGCAGCAGCAGGCGUACAAGAACGACUUUCUGGUCAUGAGGCCGCGGUCGAAGAAGUUCCGCGGGCGGAUGUUCAUCCGCGAAAUGCCGCAGAUGUACUGCAUCGGGCAGAUCCAGCCGCAGAUCAUCAUUCCGGGGCCCAACUCGAAGCCAUACCUUUCACUGGUCCGCAAGCGGCUCUCGCUCUUUGUGCUCCGGCUGUUCCAGGAGGACAAGGACCGGAUCUUCAAGCUCUCUGACGUGGGCAAGUACUUUCCGCAGCACGCCGAGUCGACGCUCCGCAAGCGGCUCCGCGACGUGGCCAACCUCAAGCGCGGCGAGGACGGCGACAACUACUGGCACAUCCGCGACGACAUCCGGAGGCGGUUCCCGGCCGAGGAGCAUUUGCUGCAGAUGCUGACACCCGAGGAGAUCUGCGUGUACCUGGCCAUCGAGCGCGGACAGCAGGUGCUCAAGGACGUCAAGGACGUGUUUGCCGGCACCUCGCGCAACUACUUUGCCGACAACGAGACUAAGAUUGCGCCGUGGACGCGGACCAAGAACUUUGCCGCGGCGCGCGAGCACCGAGUGUAUCUCGACCUCGACGCGAGCGUCGGUGACCCACUCGGCUUCAACGCUGGAAUUCCGUUUAUCAAGUGGUCGAAGAAAAUGCCUGCACGCGCGCUGGUGCUCGAGACAGCGAACGUGACAGACCUUCGUAACUCGGAGGUGCGGCUGUCAAAGCAGAAGAUCGCGACGCUGACGGCGUUCCGCAAGUACAUGAAGCGCUUAGAGGGCCGGUUCUCGACCCAGGUUGCGCUCAUCUCAACGCCAACACCGCCCAAGUACGUGCCGCCAAAGAACGUGGAGGACAACGAGUGGGCGGUGUUCCCGGACGAGGUGGUGGAGAUUAUUGCGCCGCUCGAAGUGUACCACGCCCGCAAGCGGCACAAGAACCUCGCGGGGCGGUCUGUGGCACGCACGACGGUGCGGCCGACGUCCGAGGCCGAGGCGGCACGCGAGCGUGCGCGUGCGCGCGAGGCUGCCGAGGACGACGCGGCCGAGGCCGCAGCAGUGGCCAGCCGCGACACGUCGGCCGAGGCUGUGCAGGCGCGGGCUGCAGCGCGGGCGCAGGAGGCGCGGGCGUCGAGCAAGCAGCGCCGGUACUACAUCAAGAUCACGACGCCGUCAGGCAAGGUGGUGAUGAUUAAGGACGGCGCGACGGUGCAGCACUACGUUUCUCGGAAGAAGGGCAAGCGCGGAUCCGAGGUCGGCGAGGAACGAUUCCACAACUCGAAGGACGAGGCGGAGAAGGCAGCCAAGCUCAAGGUGAUCGAGAAGCGCAACCGCGAGGCACUGCGGAAGAAGGUCGCCAUGGGCCUCGACAACUCGGACACGGUGCUCGGCCAGCGGACUGCGGCAACGAUGGUGUGUGGCGCGUGCGGCAACAUCGGCCACAUGAAGACCAACCGCAACUGCCCCAAGUACGUCGAGAGCCGCAAGCGGCGACUGGCGCGGCGGUCGGGCAAGGGCGGGCGCGAAGCCAAGGCCAAGAACCCGAUGCUCCUCACGCUCCGUGUCAACGGCGACGAUGACGACGGCGAGAUCAAGCCGAAGCGGCGGCGUGGGCGUCCGCCCGCAAAGCGCGGCGGGCGGCCAGCGCAGGCCGGCGCGCGCAAGAAAAAGGUCAAGAAGGAGUUUGACCUCGACGCCGAGAAGAAGAGCAACCGCGGCGGCCGACGCGGCGGCAAGGACGAGGCUGCACCGCUCAAGGCCAUGAACCGUAUCUUCAAGUCGAUCGCCGACGCCAUGAAGUCGCGCGACCAGACGUACCAGAUUUUCUGGUACCCGGUGACCGACGAUGUGGCGCCGGGCUACUCGGCGGCCAUUUCGGAGCCGAUCUGCCUCACCGAGAUCCGCGACAAGGCCAACGCGUGCGAGUACACCACCCGGGCGCUGUUUGAGCGCGACGUCACCCUGUUGCAUAUCAACGCCAGCAAGUACAACGGUCCGGUCUCGGACAUCACCCAGCUCGCCUCUGACCUCCGCGAGCUCGCCUUUGCCCGCAUCGAAAAGUGCAAGCUCAAGAUCGACCGGCUUGAGAUCGAGGCCAUGCCCUUUGUCCAGGCGCGGCUCGUCCGGAAGCAGAUGGCAGCCAUGGCAGCCCAGCAAGCACAGGCGAUGGCGCAGGCCGCUGGCUCGGGCUCGGGCUCGGGCUCGGGCUACGGCUCGUACUAUGACGAGUAUGACGACGAGGGAAGCGGCGAUAUGAGCGAGAGAAGCGUGCCAGAGCGGGACCCGUUUGCGGUGAAGGCAGGCGGCGUGGUGGCCAAGGUGACCGAUGCAACCGGCGUCGAGCACGACGUCGUCCUCGGCGAGGCCGGCUCGGUUCUCGAGAUCAACACAUGCUUGGCGAGUGCGCCCCAGCUGCUAGCCGAUGUAGCAUCUGGUCGCGGCUGGGUGGUAAUUCUCACGCCCGGCACCGGUGGUGAUCCGACUCGGAAGCGCAAGCACUCGGCAGCAGGCGUCGUCGAGGUCGACUGA